AUGACCUCCAAGGUAAUGCGCAAGCUCCCGAAAGCGACAACCCGUUCCUCAGUUUCCUCAUGGACCGGUAGACCCUCAUCCCCGUCGCCGGGUCGAUGCCGCCACAAAUCUACCUCAGCUGGCAACAGUGCUCCGCGUCAGAUACUGCCUAGAAGGUAUUUGGCCCAGGUCAGACCUGAGCCACUGUCAGAACUAUGGUUCACUGCUUCCUCUCCGCGCUUCGGCCCUGCGGAUGAACUGCUUGGACCGCCCACGCCGGGAAAAGACUGUGACCACCAACCACCGGACGAGCGACUGCUGAAACUGGGUAAAAGUAACACACUCCUCAACCACAUUUUGCAAGGCGAAAAGCUGACCACAGUCAUAGCGCUACGACGACUGUCUCCUCUCCUUCCCGACAUCCUCACAAAACCCCUUCCUCAAGAAAUCCUGUCUCCGGACGUAACACUCCACCUCUUCCCUUCGACACACCCCCACCUCCCUGCUGUCAAGGGGAAAGUCGCAUACCGAGCCGCCCUGUGGACUUGCCCGGUCGCCUGGGGAUGUGUGCCCAUUGUCGGAAAUGUAAAGCUGAAAAUCAUCUCGGAAAAGAUAGUCCGGACGGGGUAUACGUACGCCAUUCCUCAGAGCGACGACGAACCCGCAGAUCUCAGCGCAGAGAAGCUGGUUGUGCGCUGGCAGACCGAGCCGAAGCAAAACGGCCAGACCUCCACGGCCUCGCACUUUUCAGCCUCCUCGUCAGCUGCGCAAGCCAACGAAGUAUCCCACGGUGGGAUCAACAGGGGCCUUUCGAAAUUGCUGGGCGGUGACAAGCCCAUUUUCAACCUCAGCAACGACGACGAAUUCUCUGGCUUGUUCAUCUUCACGUUCGACUCCGAGGGUCGCAUAGCGAGCCACACGAUCGAGCACGCUGACGAGGACAGUAGCUUUGACAAGACGAGCAAGGUCGUCACCCUCACCGACUGGCUGUUGGGCAAGGCUAGGUGGAACCGGGCCAAAGAGAAGGAGGAAGAACUCGUGCCGGGGCUGGCGAUGCGAGUGUGUAGAGAAGAGUGGGAUUUGGGAAGGAGACUUGGCCAGGGAAAUGGCCACAGAUGA